AUGUGGAAGUUCCUGGAGGAUGGUGGUCCUAAACAGGUGUUAGCUAACGAUGUAAGGCAUCAACAAGAAAUGUUGUGGGGGUUCAGGAGAGGGGAAGGUGGAGUCGUCCAAAGGCUGGGAGAGUCUUCAGUUGAAGGCGAGACAGAUGGGACUAUUAGUGAGUUUCGAGAGAACCAACGCCUCGCCAGCUGCGCGGGGCGUCUCGCCGCCUUGGUCUCAUUUUUGCCCCACGCCCCACCCUUGGACGCGCGGCGCCUUUUGACCCCCCCCCCCCCCACCCCGCCGCGCCGUAGACCGCGGUGCACGCCGGGGGCAGCCAUGGCGGAUGUGUCGGAGAGGACACUGCAGUUGUCCGUGCUAGUAGCCUUCGCUUCUGGAGUACUCCUGGGCUGGCAGGCGAACCGACUGCGGAGGCGCUACUUGGACUGGAGGAAAAGGAGGCUGCAGGACAAGCUGGCGGCGACGCAGAAGAAGCUGGACCUGGCCUGAGACUCCGCGCCUUCCGCCCCAUUCGAUCCCCUGCGUGGCCACCUUGCCAUGUCCGCGCCGGAGCCCCAGUCCGCCGGCGGCCAGAACCAGGCUUGCCACACAGUCCCCGCCUGCCAUGGCCGGCUCUUCCUGGAGUGUUGUUUGUUGAAGAUGCAUAUAGACUACUGGAAAGAAAUGACUUCUUGCACUUUAUGAAUCAAUCUUAUUUUUAAAAUAAAAAAAUUAAACAUC